CGGGGAGAGAGCGUGACCCCAUCCCAGCGCCGGACGCCGCUCCGCUCGGCGGCCGCGCGCUGCUCAGCCACUUCCUCGGUCCACGACGCGGGGUCGGCGGGCCCGCCCAGCCGGAGCUGCGCGCCGUCACAGGAGCCAUUCGGCGACCGGGCAGAGCACCCCUGCCCCUCCAGAGGCACCAGAGGAGGACUUCCCACGCUGGCUGCUCCUGCCCUGCACCGAGGGGAGUCACAGCCCCAGAGCUCACCUCUGCAGACAGCUGCCAGGAGCACCCUGUCGGAUCUGAGGGUUCCACUGGAGGUAAGCAGGGUGCUCUCCAUAAAGGGGUUCAUCUGCUACUCCUGGUUCUCCGAUCCCUGGACCUGGGCAGAAUGAUAGCCAACGACUCGGCCUCCCAGAGGCUCCUGGAGCCUGCCCCUCCCCUUCCCUUCCCAGCCUUCCUGACGGUGGGGACGUGCUUCUCGGGCGCUGCCAGCAGCUUGUGACCGCGUUUGCUGUGAACUGACCUGUGCACGCUCCUCUCCCCACCUCCUGGGUCCUGAGCUGCCCUCUCCUAUCUGGGGCUGGGUACUUCCUUGCAAAGCCAAGGAACAAUGUUUUGGGGUUCCUCAAAGACUUGCCCGGCACAGGCCUCGGCUCGCUGUGCACCAGGUUUGCGGCUUCUGCCCAGGCUGCUGCCAGACCCCGGCCCAUGCGCGUCCUCAGAGUGCCGCUUUGUCCUGUGCAGGCCUAGCUGGGCUCCCCCGGCACAGGACGGUGUGGGGGGAGCUAAGCCCCGGGAUUUUUCAUUGCCUGUGCUCUACUAGCGCAUCUCCGGGCGGGGACCCCCAGUCUGUGGCCAGAGAGCAGGCCGGACACCCCGUCUGCCCCACUCAUCCCCACUCUGUCCCUGCGCUCAGGCCUCCCGCCUCCUGUGCAGAGCGCAAGCCCUGCUCCGCAUCGUCUCCUGCUGCUGUGCCUCCCGCCCUCACAGGUGCCACGUGGACACCCCCUUCACACGGGUGGAACUCGGCGGCUUUGCAUCCUCUCGGAGACGGACCACGCGGGGAAGUUACAGGAACACGGAGCCAGCGUUCCCCUGGGUGGGGCUGCUGGCGCUUUCGCUGGGGUUCACUGUGACCUCCCCACGGGGCUCCAGGUCCGGGGUGAGCCUGGCCGCAACCACCCCUCCCCCCCGCAGCGCCCCCUGUCCAGGCCUUAGGGACCCUAAACCUCCCUGGCGCCGCGAGGGCGCGCCUCCCCGCGGGCCCGGCUCGCCAUGUUCCCGGCGGCAGGGGUGGCGGCGAGGCCCUACGCUUGCAGCGAGUGCGGCAAGAGCUUCGGCUACAGCUCGGUGCUGCUGCGGCACGAGCGCGCCCACGGCGGCGAGCGCCGCUUCCGCUGCCUGGAGUGCGGCGAGCACUGCGCGCGGGCCACCGACCUCCGCACGCACCGGCGCGCGCACGCCGGCCAGACCCUAUACAUCUGCAGUGAGUGCGGCCAGAGCUUCCGCCGCAGCGGCCACCUCGACCUGCACCUGAGCGCGCACCGGCGGCGCGGCCGCAUCUGCCCCUGCCGCCUCUGCGGCCGCCGCUUCCCCCACCUGCCGGCGCUGCUUCUGCACCGGCGCCGCCACCACCCCCCCGAGCGGCCGCGCCGCUGCCCGCAGUGUGCCCGGGCCUUCCGCGACAGCACACUGCGUUUCCAUCAGGCUCGGGCGCACCCCGCAGGACCCACCGUCUCCCCAGCCACCAGCGCGCUCCGCCCCCACGAGGCGCCAUCGCCGCGGGCCGUCCAGGCCAGUGCGCAGCUACGGCGGCGAGCGCGCAUCCCAGCGGCCCGGGGAGCCCGAGACAGUGCACCCGCGUCCCCGCACCCCGCGGAGGCGCACCAGUGCGGCGUGUGCGGCAAGAGCUUCGCCAAGGGCGCCACGCUCGUGCGACACCUGCACACGCACUCGGGCGAGAAGCCCUUCACCUGCCCCGAGUGCGGCAAGCGCUUCUUGGAGAGCGCCACGCUGGUGCGUCACCGGCGCACGCACACGGGCGAGAAGCCGUACGCGUGCGGCGACUGCGGGCGCUGCUUCAGCGAGAGCUCCACGCUGCUGCGUCACCGGCGCAGCCACCGAGGCGAGCGGCCGCACUCAUGUGCCACCUGCGGCAAAGGCUUUGGGCAGCGGUACGACCUGGUGGUGCACCAGCGCAUCCACACGGGCGAGAAGCCCUUCUCGUGCCCCGAGUGCGGCCGAGGCUUCAGCGACCGCUCGGACCUCACCAAGCAUCGGCGCACGCACACGGGGGAGAAGCCCUACGGCUGCGAGCUGUGCGGCAAGCGAUUCACAUGCGUGUCCAACCUCAACGUGCACCUGCGCAACCACGCGGGCCACAAGCCACACAAGUGCCCCGAGUGCGGCAAAGCCUUCAGCGUGGCCUCCAAGCUGGCCUUGCACCGCAAGACGCACCUGGGCGAGCGGCCGGCAGAGUGUGCCCAGUGUGGCAAAUGCUUCAGCCACAGCAGGUCGCUGUCGCAGCACCUACGGGCCCACACGCGUGCCCGCACCUCUGCCGCCGCCGCCACUGCCACCACCACCCAGGCUGCAGUCGGCACCGCCCUCACCUUUGCGGGGCCAGCCCCACAGGAAAAGCCAGCGCUCUUUGCGUCCCCAUGGAGGGGGACUUGCUGAGGCCACAGGAAGGCCAGGACAACUGCAGGCAGCUGCAGGCUUGGGAAAGGACUCCACGGGUGGCCCUUCCCUGGGCUCUCCUGCCUCUGCACCUCCCUCCCCGGUAGUUCUGCGCCCACCCGGUCCUUACGUUCUUGGCUUCUCUAGGGGUGUGGGUGCAGGGAGUCAGGGUCUGAGUACCUCCCCUGCUGCCACCCUGCACUGUUUGCUUCCGGCUUUCCUGCCUGCCUUCUAUCUCCCCAGGCCUCUCCUAAUUUCAGCCUGUCUCCACCUCCCCUUCCCCGUCGUGUGCUGUGCCCACCUCCUCAGGUGUCCAGCAGAUGUGGCCGCAGUCCGUCUCACCAGCCUCUUGAUCUCACCUGGUCAUCCUGCUUCCUCCCCAGCACCUGGGAAGCAGCCGGCAGACCCAGGGGCUCUGGGCUCAGCCUCCUGCAGUCGGCAGGGAGCUAUCUGCUCCGUGACCCCAGCCGGACCGUGUGGGCCGUUGUCAAUGAGUGGCAGAGGCUUCCAAGCCAGAGGGGAGGGGCGGGAGGGAAGAGGCCUGCAGGUGUCCAGUGACUGUCGGCGUACGGCUGGUGAAAUAAAGACUUGUUUGGGUUUGA